AUGGCGGACCCCUCCGCUUCCGCGGCCGCAGAGCCCCAGCAACUACUCCAGGCCAUAGAUGACACAUACAUCGCAAACAUUUGCACAGCUGCCGCGUCUGCGUGGUUGAGUUAUGACAUAGUCCUCACUCUGCCAGAGGAGGUUUCACUCAUCUGGAAGGCAAAAUGGAACCUGCCCAAGUUGAUGUACUUCUGUGUACGAUAUUAUACCCUGCUAUCACUGUUAUUCACACUGGCUGUGAACACAAGCCAUACUUUGUCUACUGAGCCUAUUUUCUACACUCGAACGAACGUUGAUCACCAGCCCAGUUGCGAACGAUGGAAAUGGUACAACGGAUUCAAUGGGACGUUUCUUUCCGCCGUGUUCGGAGAAGCCAUGUUUGUCAUGAGAUUGUACGCAGCUUACGAGGGGAGAAAAACAAUGAUGGUCAUUAUCACAUGCUUGUUCCUCACUGAACUUAGUGUCGGGAUUGUGACUGCUGCUCUCGUCGUAUCGUCGUUGCGGGUGACUCCACGUCCAGAAAACUUCCCCCUUCCUGGGUGCUUGUUCACUUCCCCCAAAUAUACGAACCUCUCUGUCGCAGUAUGGGCUGUUGCCAUGAGCGUGACUUGCGUAUACUUCAUCCUGAUUCUUUUCAAGUUCGCCUACAGUCUCUCCCCUCAGACGUCGGCAUCGUCGAACGCCAUUGCGUUCUGGGAGAUGCGCCGCGCGAGCCCGGUUGUCUUCCUCUUCCUUCGCGAUUCGGCGUUUUACUUCUUCCUCGUCUUCAUCGGAAACCUGCUCAACCUCGUCUUCGAGCUCAUCUUCGCAGGGCGCGCGAUCAUCCCCAUGGGCACAGUCUGGCUCAUGGUCAUCUACGCCGUCUCCGCCGCCCGCCUCUGCCUCAACACCCGCGGCUCCCUCCACCACCAACAGGAGACCCGGUGGACGCUCGCGUGGGCGACCGCCGCGCCCGAGCACGACUCGGACUUCUCCUCGCGCUCCGUCUCAAGCGACCGCUUCGUCUCCGGCACCGCGCCGCCGUCGGAGGUCGAGCUGCGCACGCGCUCCCUCCGGGGAGACGGGCCGAGGUUCGCGAGCGCGUCGCGGACGGCGCUGUCGACGUUCGCGUCGGACGAGCGCGAGCGCGAGGGGGAGGGGGAAGGGGUGAGGGAAAGCGGGUGGCCGGCGAAGCCGUCUGAGGUGCUUCCACGGAGAUAG